AUGGAGACGAAUCCCGCUUCGAACGCUGCUCCUGAGAUGGCACCUGCUGUUGCCUCUACGAGCGCCAACCCGGCUGUUCCUGAGCAGUUUCACAUUCCUGAGCGUUUUAAAGGCUGGACUGCGAUGGCGGUCAAGGGUUUUCGGGCGGAUUUCAAAUCACUCUUGAAGGCGAAGUCCAAGCUUCAGAAGAUGAAGACGCUUGAUGAGCAGGGUGUGAUUCUUCAUAGCAUUCGCACCAAAGCAGUUGAGUUCGAGACGAAAUACCCUGCUGUUCGGGAGAAGUCUGCAGCUUCGGUUGCUGCUGUUCAUCUGGAGAAUCAAAAGCGUAUCCAAAAGGACUUUAUCGCUUCGAAGGAGAUGGAGGUUGAGGAGAUUUUGGCGGCUUCUAACCUGCACGUGACGACUCUGGCGACAAAGCUUGAGGACUACCUGAAAAGUCUCUCGGAGAACCCUGACCUGGCGGUAUCUGAUGCUACCAGGGAGAAGUACAGGAAGAUUAAAGGGGCCUGCAUCGAGAAGGCGCAGUCCGACAUAGUCAUCGCUAAGGAUGAGAUCAUCAUCCAAGAGUUGGAACGGCAGAAAAAACGUGAAGCUGAGGAUUUGAAGAAAGCUGCCGCGGCUGAGGAGAUCGACAGAAUGGAUUUGGAUCCGACGGUCGACGCAAUCGUUCAGAAGCACGUAAAGAAGGUCGAAGAACGGCUUCGCAAGGAGUUUGCGGCGAAGCUGGACAAAGAGCUAUCUGCGAAGUUUCAGAAGAUUGCGUUGGAGAAGAAGGUCUCUCCGUCGACCACCGCCGCCGAUUCUAAGCCCCAGAACAACAAGGCGAAGAAGAAGCGGGGGAAAAAGAAGAAAUCUGACGCUCCUACUGACGGCAAGGAGAAGGGCAAAGCAGCACCGAAGCAGGCCUGGGUUCCAAAAAACGGAGGCGGCGGCCCCGCAAAAGGGCCGCCAAAGAAGAACAACAUCCGUGCCCCUGUUGCUGCUGCUGUUGCACCUCCGGCUGAGAAUUUUCCAGGAAGCUUCUUCUCGAGGAACAGGUCGAGGGAGACGAGGCGCAGGGAGGCGGCGUGGCAGCGCCAGCGCCAGCCAGCUCGCGCCAGCUCAGCGGGGGCGUAUUCCACGUCAGCGGACGCCGAGUGGGUGCCGGGGGGAGGAGAGAGUGAGGAGAGCGAGGGGGGGGAGGGGAGUGAGGAGGAGGAGGAGGGGGGAGAGGGGGAGGAGUGGAGGAUGGAGGAGAGGGAGGACCAGAGGGAGGGGGAUGCGAUCCACAGCGAUCUGAAGGCUGUGGAGCUGCGUGGGGUGGGAAGGUGGGGCGGGGGGAAGGUGGGCGGGGGAAAGGUGGGCGGGGGAAAGGUGGGCGGGGGAAAGGUGGGCGGGGGAAAGGUGGGCGGGGGAAAGGUGGGCGGGGGAAAGGUUGCGAAGCAAGGGGAAAGGCGGAGGCGGGCAGGGAGAGGGGGAAAUGUGGGUGGUAAAGAGGAAGAAGGGUCAUAG